AUGUGUGUUGACUCCUCAACUACUUGUAAGAAGGCGGUGAAGGCUAAAGGAAAACCGAAAAAGAAGGCUGCUCCUAAGUCGAAGAGCUCCUCUGAUAAUUCAAAACCUCAAGGGCAAGAGGCUGAGGCCAGGAUUGCUGCGUACAUGAAGGAACAGAAUCGACCAUACAGCGCUCAGAACGUCUUUGACAACCUUCAUGGCAUCGUGUCGAAGACUCAGGUGCAAAAUCUGAUGGAAAAAUUGUCAAAAGAGCCAGGCUCGGACGCAGAGCCACCUCUAGUCAUGAAGGAAUAUGGUGCUCAGAAGGUCUUCUUGUGCAACCAGAGACUAUUCGGUGACUGCUCGCCAGAAAGCGUUUUGGAAUUGAAUCGCGAGGUAGCGGAGGUCGAGAAGAGACUUCCGACUGUCAGAGGGGCUCUCGGCAAAGUUACUGCGGAGAUAACUCAGCUUCGUGGUCAAGGCGAACUGGAGGGGAAAGUAGCCAAUAAUAGAAAGCGUGUCCGCGAGUUGGAGGAGAAAGUUGAGCACAUCCAGCGAGAGCGAAAAAAGGAAGGAGUGUCAGAUCUCGGCCAAAAGCUUGCUGAGGCACAGGCGAAAUACGGGGACUUGCACAACACUCUUGCUAAACGCAGGAAGCUGAAGAGAAGUAAGGCGAUCCUCAAUGGCUUGGAUAUGUCCAAGCCAAUUGACGUACCGGGAAGUUUGAAGGGUCAGGACCAUUCCUUGAAGUGCAAGGAAGGAUCGGGGAACAUUCAGUCCAACUUCAUAUCCGAGAAGGUUACUCAUCUUCUACACACGGGAAGCAAAGGCGUUGCGGUGUAG